AUGGUUUUCUCUUAUGCUAGAGAUUUUGAUCGAUUCCUAACAAGAACUAUUUCAGAGCUAUCAUCACAUGGCGGUUUUGGACGGUUUGAUGCAAUUAUGCAACAAUUAUUGGAUGUGACAGUUAUGGGGUGGGAAUGGAUGGCACUUAUUGAGUGGGAAGGGUAUUAUUGGAAAAGUCAAACGAUCCAGGUUUCUCAAGAAAACCCUGCCAACAUCCCAGAUGUGGAAAAGCAGUUUCUCGGCAACCAACACCAACAUUCAGUACUAGAGAAGUUGAAUACUAAAUGCACAAAAGGUAGCCAACCUGAGUGUCAAGUUAGAGUGCAAUUUGCUGAAUUGCUCAAAUCUAUAAUUCCCCAAGUUGAUAAUGAGAGAGCUACACAGCUACACAAGUUAUUUUUCAGACUCAGGAAAAAUAAAAUCACUGGUGAGAACUUUCUCCUGCUUGUGAAGGAUAUUGUGGGGUGUCAGUUGCUUACAGAGGCAGUUAAGAAAGUGCAAAUUCAGGUCUCAUCUACAAAAACUUUGGUUGGUCCUGGAACUGAAGCCAAGCUGCCCUCAAAGCGACAUUGUGGUCAGGAGAAGCCAAUAGAAGAGCUUGUAACUCUACUACCACCCUCAAGUAAAAGGCAAAAGACAUCUGAAAUGAUUUCUGAUCAGAGCAUUGAACAGUUUAAUAAUGUUACUGCUGUCAGUGCACUCAAUUUAGAGGAGGAGCAAGAGAAGCUAUUUUCUGGAUCUCUGGUAGGACGCCAAGUGUCAAAAUUAUCACUAAGGGUAGUGCAAGGGGAAGAAGAAGGAAUGCUGGUUUUGCAGAAAAGUCCUCUGCGGGGAAAAUUGGCAAAAAUCACAUCCAAAUUUGGAAUUAAAAAUAUAAGUAAGGAUGUCGAACAGUGCUUGUCAUUGUUUGUGGAGGAAAGAAUGCGAGGGUUGAUAAGUAAUUUGAUAAGGAUUUCAAAACAGAGGCUUGACUUUGAAAAGAGAAGACAAAAUACUCUUGUUACUUCUGGUAUUCGACAUCAGGUUGAAGUAAUCAACCGGAAAGUCAAGGAGGACUGGGAGAAACAACAGGCUGAAGAGUUUGGAGGAAAUCAGGUUGGUGGUGUCACGGAGAAGGAUGCCAAUUGUUCAGCAACAUUGAAGGCAAACGAAGUGAAAAGAAUGGUAAAUGAAAUAUUGCACACAUCUGCUAUGAAUGUUGCUGCUCAGGCAGCUGUUGGGGGAGAUGACUUGACAUCAAAAUGGAAGCUUAUGGCCAAGAAAGCGCCACUGAAGCAUGAUAAAAGAAUAGGGGCAAUGUCUAAUGCGCAGCUAGAUGAACAAAUGAUUUACAUGUCUUCACAGACAUAGCCAAGGAAAAGUGGUGAUGGUCAAGAAUCAAAAGAAAAAGGAAGUUUUAUUUUGCCUUAGACUAAUGUGUUUGCCAUUGAAAUUGUCUUAACCUUUUUUCUACACCCAUCAUGACAAAAACACUAGGGAACAAAAAUACAUUCCAAGGCCAUCAAUGUUUGAUGUCCCAGAAGUUUGUGCACCCUAUAUCCACCAAAGACAUCUUAGCAGUGCUAGAAAGGGAUCGCCAAAUGACAAAUUCCAGAUUUGGCUAUUGUUUGUAUGAGAGAUUAAAUGCCAAAGCUUCUGCAGUCUGAACUUCGGUAAGGAGGCAACACAACCACUUGCUGCGGUUCUAGAGAAGCAAAAGAUAGUUACUUUUUUCCUUCUUUUUUUUUUUUUUAGCUUGAUUACUGUUCAGUUUAAUUCUGCUUCUCAAUCUUGUAAAGAGUUUUAUUUCCCCUUGGAUGCAUGUUUGUUUCCUCUGAUUUUGUCAAGCAUUUUGAUGACAGUUAUUGGGGCUGCAAGUAUAGGAAAAGUAGCAAUGAAUACAAAGGAAGGUUGGAUUACCAAUUUGAUUCAAAGAUAAAUGGCAGCUUUGGUAGUUUUCAUUUCAGGUUUUAAGUUCCUUCCCAUAGUUGAUUUAUUUCUUCUAAAUGCGCCAGAGAUGCCACCUUCCCAGUUCCAAGCUACCUCCUUACCACAUGUUGACCUCGCCAUGUGAUGGACGGAGGAGAACUUGACAGAGCCCUUGCCACUCUCUCCACAUCUUU